GUGUAAACAUGUCACUAAUUGAAAAUUUCCGUAAAAAAAAAGAAGGCCAAAUUGGAGAGAGAGAAAGAGAUACGACUUUGGAAUUUCUAAACUGUUUUAUAAAGAUGGAGCACAUAGAGAUAUUAGAUGUUCAUAAUUAGUAAAAUUGGGUUUCUUGACCCAUAAGCAAUGUUGUUCCCUCCUCUUCGUUCCCUCUUUCUCUUCACCCUCUUGCUCUCCUCCGUUUGUUUCUUACAAAUCAAAGCAGACCACGACGAUGAAAGCGACUUGGGCAGUGAUAUCAAAGUAGACAAACGUCUCAAGUUCGAGAACCCGAAGCUACGUCAAGCCUACAUUGCUCUUCAAUCAUGGAAAAAAGCAAUCUUUUCUGAUCCUUUCAACUUCACAGCUAAUUGGAAUGGUUCAGAUGUUUGCUCCUACAAUGGAAUCUAUUGUGCUCCUUCUCCUUCAUACCCGAAAACCCGAGUCGUUGCUGGCAUUGACCUCAACCACGCUGACAUGGCCGGUUACUUGGCUUCCGAGCUAGGUCUCCUCUCUGAUCUCGCUCUGUUCCACAUUAACUCAAACCGUUUCUGCGGUGAAGUCCCUCUCACGUUUAACCGCAUGAAGCUUCUCUACGAGCUUGAUCUUAGCAACAACCGAUUCGUCGGUAAGUUCCCUAAGGUUGUCCUCUCUUUGCCUUCCCUUAAAUUCUUGGAUCUCCGCUACAACGAGUUUGAAGGCAAGAUCCCAUCAAAGCUCUUCGAUAGAGAGCUUGACGCUAUAUUCUUGAACCAUAACCGGUUCCGGUUCGGGAUUCCCAAAAACAUGGGAAAUUCCCCUGUUUCUGCUCUGGUUCUUGCGGACAACAAUCUCGGAGGAUGCAUACCGGGAAGUAUCGGUCAAAUGGGGAAAACACUCAACGAGCUUAUCCUCUCCAACGACAACUUAACCGGUUGUUUACCUCCUCAGAUCGGAAACCUCAAGAAAGUGACGGUUUUCGACAUCACUUCAAACCGUCUACAAGGUCCGUUACCAUCUAGCGUUGGUAACAUGAAGAGCCUAGAAGAGCUUCACGUGGCUAACAAUGCCUUCACAGGAGUUAUUCCUCCAAGUAUCUGCCAGCUUUCUAACCUUGAGAACUUUACUUACUCUUCCAACUACUUCUCCGGUCGUCCUCCUAUAUGCGCAGCUAGUUUGUUAGCCGACAUUGUGGUGAACGGUACCAUGAACUGCAUCACCGGUUUGGCUCGUCAAAGAUCGGAUAAACAGUGCUCAUCUUUGCUUGCUCGCCCUGUGGAUUGCAGUAAGUUUGGAUGUUACAACAUCUUCUCUCCACCACCACCGACGUUUAAGAUGUCACCUGAAGUCCGGACACUUCCUCCACCGAUUUACGUGUACUCAUCGCCUCCUCCACCACCGUCGUCAAAGAUGUCCCCUACCGUCAGAGCAUACUCUCCCCCACCACCACCUUCGUCCAAGAUGUCACCCUCUGUCAGAGCAUAUUCACCACCACCGCCUCCUUAUUCCAAGAUGUCACCUAGCGUUCGAGCUUACCCUCCUCCACCACCACCAUCACCAUCUCCCCCACCGCCUUACGUAUACUCAUCUCCUCCACCGCCCUAUGUGUACUCAUCUCCUCCUCCACCGCCGUAUGUGUAUUCAUCCCCUCCUCCACCGCCUUACGUAUACUCAUCUCCUCCACCGCCUUACGUGUACUCAUCUCCACCCCCGCCUUACGUAUACUCAUCUCCACCUCCGCCUCCUCCAAGUCCACCACCACCGUGUCCUGAAUCAUCUCCACCACCGCCUGUUGUAUACUACGCACCCGUGACACAAAGCCCUCCACCACCAUCACCGGUAUACUAUCCACCAGUAACACAAAGCCCUCCACCACCAUCGCCAGUAUACUACCCACCGGUGACAAACAGUCCACCACCACCAUCACCGGUAUACUAUCCCCCAGUAACAUACAGUCCACCACCACCAUCACCAGUUUACUAUCCCCAAGUAACACCAAGUCCUCCACCACCAUCGCCGCUAUACUAUCCCCCAGUAACACCAAGUCCACCACCACCAUCACCAGUUUACUAUCCCCCAGUAACACCAAGUCCUCCACCACCAUCACCAGUUUACUAUCCCCCAGUAACACCAAGUCCUCCACCACCAUCACCAGUUUACUAUCCAUCGGAAACACAAAGUCCUCCACCACCUACUGAGUACUACUAUUCACCAAGCCAGUCUCCGCCACCAACAAAAGCAUGUAAAGAAGGCCAUCCACCACAAGCAACACCAAGUUACGAACCACCUCCAGAAUAUUCAUACUCAUCAUCACCACCACCACCAUCUCCUACGUCCUACUUUCCACCGAUGCCAAGCGUCUCAUAUGAUGCAUCUCCUCCUCCUCCUCCGUCUUACUACUAGUUUCAACCAUUGAGUAAAAAAAUGCAUUGCCUUAUGAUUAACGAGACUACUCACAAUUAUAUUCUUUUGGCUGCGAGACUUUAAUUUGUGUGUUUUGUUGAUUUAAAGAAAAAAAGACAUUCCAGUUACUUUUUCUUGUAAUAUUUUUUUUUCUUUUGGAUAUUAUGUUCUUUUUUCCCUAACACAGAGCUGCUCAUUAGCAGCAAUGGAGUAUAUAGUUUCAGUUUAUUUAAUUUGAUACUAAAAUGUUCUGUAUAAAUAAUAAAGAAAAUAAUAAAUCCUUUCAC